GAGAGAUUAAGAACGCAGUCAUGGCCCAGUUACGCUUUAGGAAAUUUAUUAUUUGUAAUUUUAAUAAAAACGGCAUCUUAAAUUUUUCGGAAAAGGGUAAGACACAUUGUGUGAGAGUUUUAAUAAAUAAUCUUAAGAGUGUGAUAGAUAAUGCGCGUUUGGAGGAGGUAGCGACAGAGGAUGUACAGGAUGAAGUGAGUGAGUGUGUUACGGUUGAUGCUGAUGAAUUGAGAGGAUUGAAGGAGAAGUUUGUGAAUGAAGCUGCGAGAGAGAAAGAGAAGGUUGAGGCAGCUGAACCAGCCCCAAAGAGAAUGAAAGUAAGAAAGAUUUCAGAUGCUAAUCACUUACAAGGUAAGUAUAUAGAACAUUAUUCAAUGAAUGAAGGGGAUGAUUGUGCAAAAUGGUACCCAGCUUAUGUUUCUUUAGUUAAGGGUCGUUGGGUUUAUAUAAAUUAUGUUAAUGGGGAAGAAUUUAAGUUUAGUUUAUCAGAAAUUAAAAAUGAUUUAUUGAAAAAAGAGUUAAUUGUUCCAGAUAUUAAUGUAGAUUUUUUUGUAGGGAAAAAGAUUAUUCAUUUUUGGGACACACAUGAUGGGGAAAGGACAGGAUUAAAGGGAAGGGUUAUUAGUUUAAGUGAUAAGGUAGGGUUUUGUUUAGUAUAUUAUUUUGAUGUGAAUAGGGAGCUAGCUGAUGAUGAUGAUGACUAUGAUGAUGAUGAUGAUGGUGGUGGUGAUGAUGUUGAUGAGAGUAGUGUGUAUGAGUUAAAUGUGGUUGAGGAAUAUUGGUUGAACAAUGUACAUUUCUUUUAGGUUUGAGUUUUUUUUGUUUUUUUUUUGUUACUAGUCCUACAUUUUGUUGAGUAACGCGACAUUCCACAGUAUUUUUUUGUCACGGACAUUACAUUUUUAGAGAAUUUAAAACGCUAUAUCUAGUAAACUAGUCAAGGGAAACACUUUAUUUUAAAAUUUGACCCAAGAAAGUAUAUCUUUUUUAUUUGGAAAUUCAACAAAAUAAAAUUACAAAAGGUAUACCGGUUUUUGAAUUGGCUACCAGCUCCAUCUGACCAUUUGCUUUUAGUUUUCUGCAACGUAUGUCGCAAUUACUGUGGAAUGCCCCUAUCAAUGGGUAUUCAUAAAUUGAAUUACAUCUGCCAUUCCUUUAUAUGUAUCUCAUGCUUAUACUGUAAUUAACUAAAUAAAACCAUUGAUUAUAGAAAUGAAAUGAAAUGAAAUAAUUUAUAUUUUUCCUCCCAAAAAAAUUGAAUGCAGCUAAAAAUGCAAUUAAUGUGUUGUUACCUAUAAUUGUACAACAUACAUAUUGUGAUAAAUAUUUUUUUUUUUGACUAUUCAAAUCAAUCAGCUGCAAAAUAGUUUCUGAAUGCUGUGUACUGCACAUGUGGAACUGCCCCAUUACAAACCCUGACUUCAGUUGUAUGUUAAUGAUGUCACUAUUAAUCAAAUGACUUUUUGCAAAAUGUAGAUUUUACUGUACCUAUUCAAUUUCUUUAUUUUUUCCAUAUUGCACAGUCAUCCAGGUUAACAUCUGAAAUUUUACUAAGGGCGUGCUAUACCAAAACCAGCAUUUUAUAAGCUUUGAAAUAAUGAUUGUUUUACUAAAGUCAAAUACUUUCAAAGUUGUUUGACUUAUUGCCACAUUCUUUGGCUAAUUACUCAGUUCUUGAUGAUGACAUA